AUGUUGUCUCCCCUCGCUACCAACGUCUUUUCGCCUCCGCUUAUGAAAGAUCUCUUCUUUCUCGACAAGGCGCCGCGUGCGUGUUCCAGGGAUGCGUGGGGAACUGCCGAGAGUAUUCUGGGAAAUGGAGAUAGUGAGGAAGAGGCCGACCUGCAGGGCGUUAUUAUGUCGGCGGGUAGCAGUAGCCAUGGUGCUACGAAACGACACCCGCCACCGCCGUCUUCUGAUUCAUUCCAAAACCCUGUCCGGGUCCCACCAUCGCUUUCUACCCUUUCCACCACGGUGAGAGCACGGAAGCUGGUUCGAUCCAUCCCGAUGCGCACAAUUGGGCAACCGGACACAUUGGAAAACAAAAAAUUGCCGUCUGCCACGGGUACAACGUCAUGCGAACGUGGCAAGGACGAGCAAGGACCGUCCAUGGAUCAGUCUAAUGCCUGGUCCGACGUGUACAACGGCCAUUCUGCUGCGCUACAGACGGUCGCGGACCUCAUCCGCUCUCAAUGGUCACGCAGGGUUCUCUCGGCUGAACCCACGUCUCCGACUUUGUUUGGCGCUUCCCUGAGUCCUUACGCGUCCCAGGACGCUUACGGCGACGACAAUCAUCGCCCGCGUUUCGGCAUGACCAAUCGGGGUUAA